ACAAUAACGCCCUCUGUGUUCCAACUAAGAUUUACAUCCAAGCUUAGGUGGGAAGUACUAUUUAAUUGGGCAUUGGAAAAAAAAUCGUUCCAUGCUCGAAACCCAAAUGUGCAUGUUUUCUGUGAAACACAAGUAGCUGAUCAAGAAAAUGGGUCAGGGUGUAGUUAACGGCCAUUUAAAAAUUAAUUAAAGUCUUUGUUUGAUUUUUCUAUUCCUAUGCUGAACAUAUGCUGAAUUUUUAAUGUGCAUCAUUGAGACUUUUUCAGACUUGUUUUUCUCAUAGCUAAUACAAGUUUUUAAAACAUUGCCAAAGCACUCAAUGCAUGUCAAACUUACAGAAACUAAAAAUUGUUCACAGCAAUUUAAUGUAAUGCAGAAAAGUAAAAUAGGUCAAGUUUGAAUAGUGUAGAAAAAAAUCUAGAUUUAUUAGAUCAGGUGUUGUUGAUGAAGGGAAAAGCCGCUCAGGGGAUUUCUGAUUUUAUUUUAAUUUUUUUUCUCUCAUAUUAUGAUUUUGUUGUUAUUUUUAAUUGAUUAUUGUUUUUAUGUUGAUUGAAUUGUACAUACCACAAAGUAACUGCCUAACAACCUUCUAAUUGGACCUUUUUGCUUUCCCUAAUUUUUCUCAUGUUUAUUUCCUGUUUGUGUGUAUUAUUAUGCUAUUAACAAUAUGCAAGAAAUGCAAAAAAGAUACAGAUUUUGUACUCUUCAAUUUCUCCAAAAUAAACAAAAGGGAAUAUUUUGUCAGCGUUGUGUGUAUUUAAUUUUUUACGGGUUGAUGUCUUUUAAAAGCUCACUUUAAUAGAACUAGAAUAGUAGCAACAUCAAGUUGUUCCAUAAACACCUGCUAACGUAGAUGUUAGCUGAUAGCUUAGCUGAGAAGUAUACAGUGCCUCACCACCCAGUGUUUCAUAAAUCCGAACAUUUGUAAAACACAUUUUAAUAACAAACUAUUUCAAUGAAUUAACCACAAAUUGCGUAGUUUGACUUUAAAUAAUGUUAACAUUACUUUCGGUGACACAAAAUGUUUCGUCAGUGAGAACCUGGCUAAGAAAACCCUGCUAAUUUCAAUCAAUUUUCUUAGGCUUUAAUGGGAGCUUGGUCUCCAUUCAGUUACACUGCUGCCAUCUACUGGUACACUCAACCACUGUCUCAAUCGUGCAUAGAAAGAACAGGGCAAACGGGAUGAAACAAGCGCCAUAUAUUUCCUGUUUAAAACACGUCUUUUUAAAUACAACUUUAUUUUUAAAAAUAAAUAAUUAAAUGUGGUGCAUUUAAUUUAAGCAUGGAGUACUCUGGAGGGUAGUGGCCUAAUGUCGUCACAUAGCUGUUUUUUGUACUGUAACUAUGUGACGUCACGCGCAUUGACUCUCAAUCCGCUCUUCAGUUCCUCGAAAUGAACAGAGACGGUGACAGAAGGAGGACACUGUGACCAGUGAGACACCGGAGACGUCUUUUUAGAAAUCCAGCGAACAUGAGGGACGAGGACGACGUCAUGUUGUGGUCGGAGAGGGAGUUCCACGAUGCCGUAAAGAAGAACGACACUGAGAAAAUGCAGGAACUGAUCCACAAGGGAGUGGAGGUCAAGGUCAAAAACAAAGACGAGAGGAAGGCGCUACACUGGGCCGCAGGAGCCGGGAACGAAGAAGCGUUACGCCUCCUACUGGAGCAUGACACAGAUGUAGACGAGCAAGACGUCUUCGGCAUGAACCCUCUGCUGCUGGCUGCCUGGUUUGGUCACCUGAAGAUCCUGCAGAUGAUGGUGUCCAGAGGAGCCAAGUUCAACUGUGAGAACAAAGACGGUCUCAGUAUGCUCCACUGUGCAGCUCAGCGAGGACAUGUUAAAGUGUUGGAGUUCAUCAUGGAAGAUCUGGAAAAUAUCCAUCUGGACAAGGCCGACAAUUCCGGAAAGACUGCUCUUCAUCUGGCUGCCGAGCACGGACACCUGGAGGUGGUCGACUUUUUGAUCGGAAUGGGCUGUUCACAUGGACUGAAGGACAAGGAAGAGAACACGGCCCUGCAUUUAGCAGUGAAGCACGGACACCCGUACGUCCUGCAGAGGAUCCUGGAGACUGGAGUAGAUGUUGAUGACAAAAAUAUAGACGGGCUCACAGCGCUCCACCUGGCGGCUCAGGGAGGUCACUACGAGUGUAUAAAGCUGCUGCUGGAGUCCAACUGCAACGUCAACGCGUUGACCAAUAAAAACUCGACAGCUCUCCACUACGUGGCUCAGCGUGGCUUCGACAGGGAGGUCGACCUCCUUCUGGAAGCUGGAGUCAAUGUCAAUGUUGUUGACCAUCAGCAGAGCACUGCUCUACACCUGGCUGUGUUUAACAACCACACUGAUGUGGUCCGGCUGCUCAUCGACGCCGGCUGUGACCUGGACAUCACUGACUGUAGGCAGCAGACGGCGUUGCAUAUUGUGGCAGAGCGCGGUUGGCAGGACUUGGCUGAGAUGAUGCUAAUCUCAGGUGUGAACCUCAAUCUGACUGACAAGCAGGGAAAAACCAGCCUGGAGGUGGCGGCCCGAGGAAACCAGGUGGUCCUGGUGGACAUGAUCAUCAAAGCUGACCGCUUCUACAAAUGGGAGAAGGAUCACAUGGACAGCGGUCCAGACUCCUGGUCAGGGAGACCCCUGAGCUUUAAGCAGGACCACCAGCCUGAGACCCAGCACCUCCGCUCUGUGCUCUGGACCUUAGCUACCAAACACCUGUGCCGUGGAGAGUGGAGGUUCCUGGCUCAGCACUGGGGCUUCAGUGACGCACACAUACGGGCAAUAGAGCAACAGUGGACGGGUAUGAAGAGCUUUAAGGAGCACGGCCAUCGUAUGCUGCUGAUUUGGCUCCACGGUGAAACGGUGUCAGGGCAGAACCCGGUCAAAGGCCUGUAUGAAGGACUGGUAGAGAUCUCCCGCACAGACCUGGCAGAAUGCAUCCGACAGAAGGCGAACGCAGAGACAAGUUCUCCGAAGAACUGCUCUCUGAUGUGACCGACGCCGUGGGUCACUGUGAGAACACACCAGAUCGAUAUCUGACUUUGCACAACGAAUGACCAAAGGAGGGAUAGAGGAUGCAGUACUUGAUAUCCAAUGCAUCCUAAAGCCUAUACAGCAGGGGUUAUAAGGUCAAAUGAGGUCAGGGCCACCGCUUCUAUCUCAUUGGACGAUCACAUAAGUAUUUAAGUAAAACAAAAAAUAGAGCCAAAAUUGUUUGUUUUUUUCAUUCCUUAAUGACUAACUAUAGGAUUUUAUUGAAAUACAAAUACCAAUAGAUUCCAAAUACAUUUGGAAUAGAAUAAUUAUUCCCACCCAAACAUUAUUUACAAGGAGAGGGAAGAAGAAUCUGUCACUUCAAACUAAAGUAAAAAUGUUUGUAAUCUACUCAUGGGCCAAAAGUGGCCCCUGGGCCGGAGGUUUAACAUCCCUGCUAUAUAGACACAAGUCAUUAUUAAAUGAACAGUGUGACCUGAGAAAUGAGCAGCUGCUCCCUCCUCUUCCUCAUUCUGACAAUCAAUAUUAUUGCGUAAUUAUGUGGAAAUAUUAGCUUUGGCCGUCUCUCCUGGUGCAGUCUGGGAUCUUGGCCUUUGUUUGGUAAUUCUGGCUGCGUUUAUUGACAGGGAGAAUUUGGGGACAGGCUGUUGACGUUCACAGUCACUGCAUUGAUUAGAAGUGAGACGACGGUAAAUGCUCUGUGGUCCUGGAGACUACUGUAGUACAAGACAACUGCACUACCUACUGAGCUGAGCUGCAUAAAUGAAAAUAUUUUAAGCAGUAUUUGAAAGGAGUAUUUGAAAUGGCGGUCACUGUACAUUUUUACAGGGUUUUUACUUUGGUUUUACAGGGACUACAGGUUACAGGUUAACAGUGGCAUCAGUGCCUCCUUACCAACAGGCUCAUGUUGCAGAGCACUUAUAAAUAUAUUUUAAGUGUGUUGAGAGACUUAAUCGUUCUGUUUUGGCGAUGCUUUGCUAACAGACGUAGAAUAGCUUCAUACUAUUCUGUUCUCAUUUGCUCUUAUUCAGCACAAGAACACACUGACCGAUAGUCCAAUGUGUGAGGAAUAAAAAGUAUUUACCAGCAAUACUUUAGAAUUUACUAUUUUGAACAACUUUUGUUUUUUUAAGUGUGAGAGUGCACAAAAAUAUUGAUUAUAGAAUUUGAUUUUUUUAAAUUAAAAAUACUAUGAGGUGUAAAAAUUCCAAAGGCUUUGCUCAAUAUUCUGAAAGUCACUAGUGCAGGUUAAAUAUAUUGUGUUUAUAUUCCAGUGAUUCCAGGUCAGAUACUGAUGUACAUGAAUAAAGAUCAUCGAGGAAACUUCAACAAUGACACAACUUGUAUAAACUCAAUUCCAUGUCUUUUGCAGAGAAGCAUAUUUUACAACAAUCAUGAUUCCCUUAGCCAACCAUCACUACUUCACCGACUUUGUUGUCAAGCAGCUGACGUUUUAAUCUAUUUGUAUAAAUGGUGUUUGCAUGACGGUCAUUGUUUACAACUACAUAUUACUUAUUCUGCUUUUGCUUAACUGUUUUUACCAUUUUUGUAGAAUUUUGUAUGUACAUUUUACUGUAACAGUAUAUUUGACAUAACAUCUAUAAAACUCAACAAUUCAAGAAAAGUUUUGUUUGUUUU